AUGAAUAAUGAGUAUUCAAUAGUGACAGCAUUAGAUUGCUUUAAAAAUUCGACUAAAAAUUACAAAAAAAGUUUUAAAAUUUUCAAAAGCAUAGCUGAAGAAAAGAAAACAGAGGGAAACAGAUUGUACAUGUUAAAGCAGUAUGAAGAGGCUUUACCAUAUUACACCGAAGCGAUUUCUCUUCAACCGAAAAAUGCUUCUUAUUAUGGUAAUAGAUCAGCAUGUUAUAUAAUGCUAUCAAAAUUUAGGAAUGCAUUGGAGGAUGCGAGAAAAGCAGUUUCAAUAGAUCCAACAUUUGUAAAAGGAUAUGUUCGAAUGGCAAAAUGUUUUCUCGUUUUCGGAGACAUAACAGCAGCUGUUUCUUCAAUUUCCAAAGCCAAAGAAUUAUGUCCGAAUAGUGAAAUUGCUGAAAAUGAAUCCAAAAUAGUAGAACGUGUGAAAUAUUUUAAGGAAGAUGCUGACAAUGCAUAUGAAUCUAAAAAUUACAGAAGGGUUGUUUUUUGCGUUGAUUGCAUGCAAGCUUUCGGAGUAAAUUGUACAUCUUAUAAACUUCGAAAAGCUGAAUGUCUGGCAUUGUUAGGAAAAUAUUAUGAAGCGAGAGUAAUAGCCAAUGACGUUUUGGAAUUAGAGCAAAACCCUGAUGCUAUAUAUGUUCGCGGAUUGUGCGUGUACUACGGAGAAAGUACAGGAACGUUAGAACGUGCUUCGAAACUUUUCCAGCACGCUCUUAAAUUAGCUCCUGGUCACAAAAGAAUUUUAGAAGUGUAUAAAAAAGUCAAAUUGUUAAAACAAAAAAAAGAUGAAGCGAAUAAUGCUUUUAAUAGUUUUAAAUAUCAAGAAUCCCUCGACUUGUAUUCUGAAGCAUUAAACGUCGAUCCACAGAACAAAAUAAUUAAUGCAAAAUUAUUUUUUAAUCGUGCUAUUGUAGCUUCAAAGUUGAACAAAUUAAACGAUGCGAUUGCCGAUUGCACUUCGGCUUUAAAAUUGGACGAAAAAUACCUGAAAGCUCUUCAACACAGAGCAUGGUGUUACAUGCAAAUGCAAAAUUAUAAGGAAGCAGUGGAAGAUUACGAGGCCGUAUACAAAAUGAAAAUGACCAAAGAAAACAAAAGACUUUUGCAACAAGCUAAAUUAGAACUGAGAAAAUCUAAUAGAAAGGAUUAUUAUAAAAUUCUUGGAAUAACGAAAACCGCGACCAUCGACGAAAUAAAAAAAGCUUAUAAAAAAAGGGCUUUAAUACAUCAUCCUGAUCGGCACAUUAACGCGUCCGAACCGGAAAGGUUGGGACAAGAGAAAAAAUUCAAAGAAGUUGGAGAAGCGUAUAGUGUUUUAUCUGAUCCAGUGAAAAAAGUCAGAUAUGAUAACGGUCAAAAUUUGGAAUACUCAGAAGAAUGUGAUACUGACAAAUUUUAUGCAUUCUUCGAAGGUGCAUGCAAUGGAAAUUUCAAUUAUACUAAUUUCACAUUCCGAUACGAUUAA